CAACUUGGUUGGUCCCUGGUUUUGGUGGUGAGGAUAUCAGGAGAGCUGCAGGUAGAGUGCAUGACCUGUAGGUGCUGUGUGCCUCUGCAGUACUUUUUUGAAGUAUGAAUGGAUGAAACAGGACAUUUAUAUGGUUAUUGAGAAUGUGAUUUAGUGGUGGACUUGGCAGUGUUAUGUUUAUGGUUGGACUUCAUGACCUAAAGGGUGUUUUCCAACUAAAUGUUCUAUGAUUUCUGCAGGAUUUCCCCUCAUAUCAGCAUUUCUGUUUUAAUGGGCACUUCCCCUGUCUGAAUGAGGCAUGUUCUUUGAGUGGGAAAGGACAAGUUAGACAUUUUUAAAGGCUUCUACCUCUAGUAAUCUGGACAUCUUUGUUUUGGCAUAUAAAUUGCUGUAUUUCCUUGUACUUUUCAGUAGCAACUUGCCACUUGCAAUACAAAUAAGACUAUGACUGUACUGCAAGAGGCUGAAGGGAAAAGUGGUAAUUAGAUGCUAAUUACUCAUGCAUAAUUACUCAUGGGUAAAUUAGUUUAAAAAGUUGCAAAUACAGUUCUUAAUACUCGGGGACUAAUCUUUGAGCCUUGUCUCUUGACUGUGUGUUUGUUGUGUCUUGAACAUUGAAUAGAUGUAGAUGUUUUCUGGUUGUGACUUGGCUCGCUCGUGGGAGAGGUAAUUACCUGUUCAGUUAUUGCAGGCUGGUGCUGGGGAUGUUGAGGGUGUGAUUCUGCACAGGACUGAUGUUUCUCACACUUUCACUUCAGGCCAUCAUAGCCUUUAAUUGCUGGAGAGCAGUGAGUGGAAAUCACACACCAUUUGGGAACUAUCUGUUCCUAGAUUUAAUACGGGAAAACCCUGCAGGUCUGGGGGUGUCAUACAAACUGGGCUCUUUGGGGAGUACUGGUAAUUGCCCUGAGUCUGCUGCUUUUCUAAGGUCAGCUAAUGUGUGCUGCUUAUCUGGAAGGUUGGAGAUGUUGUUUUGAACCUAACUUGACUGGCCCUUUUCUGAAUGAGAUGUGUUUAGCCUUACAGUCAUUUCAUGAGUUAUAAGAAAAUACAAGCCACUCUUGGGAUUGGUGCUCAAACAGAAAGAGAAGGCCAGGAGUACUGACUUGUGGCCACCUCUGUGAAUUGGGGUUGGCUUUCCAGAAUAUAAUGAAAUUCUGAAUCUGGUUUAGGAUUAAGGAUAGGAGUGCAAGAGGUUACGUAGUCAAAUUUUUUGGGCACAAACCACUGUGUCUAACAACUAAUUUGUGUUCAGGGUUUGGUCUGAAUGCAAGCUUAUGCUCUGAAAGGCACAUAAAGGAGUGAAAGGUACACUUCCAGAGCAAAUGCUGAGUUACCUUAUUUUCUGUGAUGGAUGCUCGUGUUUUGGAUUUAUGAUGUUACAAAAAGGGAACAGGAUAAAGUUAGCUGCUGCUGCUUUGCCUAAAAGCCUGUUUGGGUAUCCUGAGUGGAUCAAGUUGUCUAAGAAAUUUGGAUGGGGCAUGAAUUAACACCAGCCUGUGGGAGUGGGCUACCUGGACAGUCUGUUCCUGCUCUCACCUAGCUGAGCCUAGGGAGCUGCUGCUUUAGUGGUCCUGCAGCCUGAGCUGCCAGUACAGACAGUGGGUGGCAGAUGGGGCUUUGCUGAUCAGUGACCCUUCUUCUUGUGAGUGUCCCAACAAGCUCUCAGAAGUGUUUCUCAGGUGAGGAAGCUGGGCAUGCAAUUUCACAACAUGCUGUUUGUGUGAGGCCUUGAUCUCUGCUAAUAAUGGCUGUUUUGUCCCUGUCAGGCCCAGGAAACCAUAAGGCUGAGCUUAGGUGUUUCAAAGCUUGGUGUUAGAUCCAGUGUAGCAAGUGAAAUGAUUUUCAGAGAAGAUGCUCACUAUCCUUUCUCUGAACAGGUGUGGAGGUGUAUGCUGUUGUAAGGGCACCUGGAGGAGUCUGGAGCAAUGCCACCACCUUCAGACAUUGUGAAAGUGGCUGUUGAGUGGCCAGGUGCCAAUGCCCAGCUGCUGGAAAUAGAUCAGAAAAGGCCUCUUGCAUCCAUCAUCAAGGAGGUCUGUGAUGGGUGGUCGUUGCCAAACCCUGAGUACUACACGCUGCGUUAUGCUGAUGGUCCUCAGCUCUACAUCACAGAGCAGACUCGCUGUGACAUCAAGAAUGGAACUAUCCUCCAGCUGGCAGUCUCCCCGUCCAGGGCAGCUCGCCAGCUGAUGGAGAGGAUCCAGUCCCACAGCAUGGAAGCCCGCCUGGAUGCCAUGAAGGAACUGGCAAAACUUUCAGCAGACGUCACCUUUGCCACAGAGUUCAUCAACAUGGAAGGGAUUACAGUGCUGACACGGCUUGUGGAGAGUGGGACCAAGCUUCUAUCCCAUUACAGUGAGAUGUUGGCUUUCACCCUGACUGCCUUCUUGGAGCUCAUGGACCACGGUAUUGUCUCCUGGGACAUGGUCUCAAUAACCUUCAUCAAACAGAUUGCAGGCUACGUGAGCCAGCCCAUGGUGGACGUGUCCAUCCUGCAGCGCUCCCUGGCCAUCCUGGAGAGCAUGGUGCUCAACAGCCAGACUCUGUACCAGAAGAUUGCAGAGGAGAUCACUGUGGGGCAGCUCAUUUCCCACCUGCAAGUCUCAAACCAAGAGAUUCAGACAUAUGCCAUUGCCUUGAUCAAUGCCCUCUUCCUGAAGGCACCUGAGGACAAGAGACAGGAAAUGGCUAAUGCAUUUGCCCAGAAGCACCUGAGGUCUAUAAUCCUAAAUCAUGUGAUCAGAGGAAACCGUCCCAUUAAAACAGAAAUGGCACAUCAGCUCUACGUCCUGCAGGUCCUGACCUUUAAUCUCCUGGAAGAGAGAAUGAUGACCAAGAUGGAUCCCAAUGAUCAGGCACAGAGAGACAUCAUAUUUGAGUUGAGAAGAAUUGCAUUUGAUGCAGAGUCUGACAGCAACACCGUCCCUGGCAGCGGAACGGAGAAACGCAAAGCCAUGUACACCAAGGACUACAAGAUGCUGGGAUUCACUAAUCACAUCAAUCCAGCCAUGGAUUUUACACAGACUCCUCCUGGGAUGCUGGCAUUGGACAACAUGCUUUACUUGGCCAAAUUUCAUCAGGACACCUAUAUCAGGAUUGUUCUGGAGAACAGCAGCCGAGAGGAUAAACAUGAGUGUCCCUUUGGGCGCAGUGCCAUUGAGCUCACCAGGAUGCUCUGUGAGAUCCUGCAAGUUGGGGAACUCCCCAAUGAAGGCCGGAAUGACUAUCACCCCAUGUUUUUCACCCAUGACCGUGCAUUUGAGGAACUGUUUGCCAUCUGUAUCCAGCUGUUGAACAAGACCUGGAAAGAAAUGAGGGCGACAGCAGAAGAUUUUAAUAAGGUUAUGCAGGUUGUUAGGGAACAGAUCACAAGGGCUCUGCCCUCUAAACCCAACUCCUUGGACCAGUUCAAGAGCAAACUGCGCAGCCUGAGCUAUUCUGAGAUUCUGCGGCUACGCCAGUCUGAGAGGAUGAGCCAAGAUGACUUCCAGUCUCCACCUAUUGUGGAGCUGAGAGAGAAAAUCCAACCUGAGAUCUUGGAGCUGAUAAAGCAGCAGCGCCUGAACAGGCUUUGUGAGGGAAGUAGCUUUAGGAAAAUUGGAAAUCGCAGAAGACAAGAAAGAUUCUGGUAUUGUCGCCUGGCUCUGAAUCACAAGGUGCUACACUAUGGAGACCUGGAAGAUAAUGCCCAGGGGGAAGUGACCUUUGAAUCUUUACAAGAAAAAAUUGCAGACAUCAAAGCCAUUGUCACAGGGAAGGACUGUCCACACAUGAAGGAGAAAAGUGCACUGAAACAGAAUAAGGAAGUGUUAGAAUUGGCCUUCUCCAUAUUAUACGAUCCCGAUGAGACCUUGAACUUCAUCGCACCUAAUAAAUAUGAGUACUGUAUCUGGAUUGAUGGGCUUAAUGCCCUCUUGGGGAAGGACAUGUCCAGUGAGCUGACCAAGAGCGACCUGGACACGCUGCUGAGCAUGGAGAUGAAGCUGAGGCUCCUGGACUUGGAGAACAUCCAGAUCCCCGAAGCGCCGCCGCCGAUCCCCAAGGAGCCGAGCAGCUACGACUUCGUGUACCACUACGGCUGAGGCCGAGCCCGCGGGGCCGCCGCUUGCUGCCGUGCCGCGGGCUCGGGCCGGGCCCCGGCGCCGCCCGCCUUUUGUAUCGGUUCCAAUAAUAACCAGUAGCGCUCCUCGCC